CGUAAUUGUAUAGCUGUGAUAAUUAGUAUAAAAGACCACGGCUUUCUGUCUGCAGACAUCAGUUGUCCAGUCACUGGCCAUCCAUCAUGCGGUACUCCUGUGUCCUUUUGCUUCUGGCCACCGUUGCCUGUUGUCUGUUGAUCCCACAGAUUAGCGCCACCACCACCACUACCACUGCUGCUACCACCACCACUUCCGCCUCGGCCACCACUACCACCGCGGCCACCACAACCACUACCACAGCUGCGACCACAACCACCACGUCCUCCUCCACAAAGAAAAAAAAAAAGAGGAGGAUAAGACGCCAUAACACUAUUAUACGUAGAGGAAAUAAGAAACGCAUUAUCCAUAGGCACCAUUCCGACGGAGAUAGCUCCGACGAUCGCACCAGCACACGCAACCGUCGUCGUCGCCGCAGCAGCAGCAGCAGCAGUGGCAGCACCAGUAGCCGCAGAAGCCGUAGCAGUGUCAACAGUCGGAGCAGCCGCAGAAGAUCCCGACGUGCCUGGCGUCUGUAGAAUUGAAAAAAUUGGGCAACCGAGCCAACUGAUCUGAUUCUGACCUCUAUGAAAACUUAUAAUUUUUUUUUUGUUUUUUCCGUUCAAAACACUUAAGGCAAAUAAACUGAAUAAUAUCCAUAUUA